CUAAAUUCAUCAACAUAUGAACUUGACUCUUGCAUGGGGUUUCUUUUGUUUAGGGUUGAGACUUCCGAUUUCCUGUGUUCCAGGUCCGAGAGCAUAAAAAAUGAUGAAGUCGAAGGGAAACUCGUUGAGGAUCAAGGACAUUUCAGGGACCUCAACAAGUACUGGAUGGCGCAGCCAGGGCGCCCUUGUUGAUUUUGAGGGUGUGUUUGAAAUCCCCACUUUGCACUACAGCGCUGAUGCGGAGAAAACGCUUACUAUCCAGUCUCAGUUUGAAGUGACUGAAUCGGAAGAAGACACUCUUGGUCCGGAGGAGGAAGAGGAAGUGGAGGAGGAUGAGGAGGGUGAGGAGGAUGAGGAGGGUGACGAGGGUGACUUUGGUAGCGAGCGCGAGGAAGCAGUAGACGAGGGUAAAGAGGGUGACGAGGAUGAGGAAGAAGGAGACGAGGAAGAAGAGGAUGAGGAAGAAGACGACGCUGUCUUUGAGCGGACUGCUGAACAAGAGAGGGCGAACCAAAAUGUGUACAUCGACAAGUUUUUGAGGAGGGCAAAGCAGUCCGAGGAAUUAAUCUCUUGCCUGUGGAGCAUUGUGUUGUUCCAAUCGGCUGAAAUUGGAUUUUCAAACCCAGACAAAGAUCUUCUGCAGAGGUCGGAUCCACAUUUCCAGGUCUACAUGCGGUCCAAGGAAGUGUGGGCCCUUCAGCUGAAGAUAUUCGAUAUGUGGUUGAAAGGGGAUUGUCUGGACCAGAAAAUGAAGGUCCCUACUGGGAAAAAAGCGAAAAUUUCUAGUGAUGAUAGCGAGGCGGGUGACUCAGAAGGAACUCGGCCGGCAUCGAAGAAAAGAUUGAAGAAAUUCAAUUUUGUUGAAGCACAACGUCAGGUACUGCGUUUCUUCAAUCCUAGAGCGCAGGUGGAGCAUGGGAAAAUUGUAGCUGAGCCAACUGACAUGCCACAGGCGCAUUGGGUGGAUAUGGGUUCUCUCGAUGACGAGUCUGUUAUUCCCAUCCUCGAACAGGUGGCCGCAAAGCAACUCUCGAUUGAUGGUACGCGGAAGAAGUUUGAGGUAGCGAAGAGGUUCGGUCGAGUGGUUAGGUAUUUCUUAACAGAAACAAAGUCAGCACAUUGGGCUAGCUGCAAAGAACUUUACCCACUCCACACAACCAAGGAUGUUUUGGAGCCCUUCGCCAGUAACUGGAAGCAGAAGGCGGAUGUACCUCGAGCUUUGCAACAGCACAUUGCUCGAGCGAAGGCGUGGAAGGAGCUCAAUGACAAAAGGGAGGCCGAAAGUCGAAGAACAAGGUCUAAACUCGUCGUCUUAGAAAAAGCUGGUACUCACUUCUUGGACUGGACGGAGGUGAAAUAUAAAGAACACCGCGGCAACGUGAAAGUCCUGGGAGGCGAUAUGAUGGACUUGAAGAACUUGACAGAGAAGUUGCCCUUCUCUCUGAUUAUCUGCGACUUUCCGUACGGGUUUAAUCUGCCAAUGUCCUCUGGCGAUUCUGUUCCUUUUCCUGAGGAGCACAUUGUUCAGGUCCUUGAGAACAUCAAGGAGGUAUGCAGUGGACCGUUGUGGACAUUUGCCGGAUUCUGCUCUCUGGACAUGCUGCCCUCGGUUCGACGAGCGUUCAAGAUGGUUUGCAAUGCAGGAGAGGAUGUGGUCACGUGGUGCAAGCCGAAUGUCAUGAACACGGGAGGGCCUCGUCUUGUGAGCGCGACAGAGUUUUGUGUCAUCGGCUACUACAACCAAAGUGAUUCUCGAGAGGCAGCUCAUUACAUUUUUGCCAGCACGGACCCCAGGCACAACUACAGGCUGUUCGAUGCAGUCAUGAAGAAGUAUAUUCAUCCGACUGACCUCGAGGUGUUGUGCCCUUACCAGAAGCCCGUUGCCUUGUACGCGUGGUUGAUCGAGAAAUUCUCUCCUCCUGACGCUUAUAUCAUCGACGGUUUUUCCGGCUCCAGAACAGGUGCAAUCGCCAGAGUUUUCUGCAACAGGAAUUGCCUGGUGGUUGACAAGUGCCCGCGCUGCAUCAAGGGAAUCCGCGCUCGCAUUCUGAAUGAUAUUGGCCCUACGAUUGAAAGAGAAAGCAGGCGCGAUGAGGCCGCAGAGGAGGAUAAGACUUACAAUUGUGCAGUCGCUGCAGAGGAUACAACUGCAGCAACAACGCCGACCUCUGCUGCAGCAGUAGCAACAGCAGCCGAACCAGCAGCAGCAGGACCACCCGCGACAGAAGCACCACCAGCAAGAACACCAGCACCAGCACCACCAGCAGCAGCACCAGCACCACCACCAGCAGCAGCAGCAACAGCACCAGCAGCAAAACCAGCAGCAGUAGCAGCAGCAGCAGCACCAGCACCAGCAGCAACAACAGCAGCAGCAACAGAACCACCCGCCGCAGCAGCAGCAACAGAACCACCCGCAACGGCAGUAGCAAUACCACCAGCAGCAGUAGCAUUAGCAGCAGCAGCAGCGAGCGAACAAGGGGCAGCGAGCGAGCCAGCAACAGCUGGACCAGGCACCGAAGCGCUCGCACAGCGAGAGGCAGCGGGACCUGCACACAGCCAAGACUCCUCAAGUGGGACAACUACGAGGUCAAGGAAACAGAAGAUCGUCGGUGACAAGGUUUUCAUUGGAGAGCUCGGUGAAUACUUGGAUCCACGUCUUAAGACCAGGCUUCUUCCGUUCAGGUACCCGGUCGCUGAGCCGACGUCGACCCCAGGCCCGUCGAAAACCAAGCCAGGCAAGCGGCGAACGCCUCCUCCAGUUGUAGUCUCCCCGCAGACGUGUGUCGAGUCCUCGGCAACUCUAGAGAAAGGUUCAGGUACAAAGCCGAAAACUCCGAAAAAGAAAGUACUUGUGGAGAAAGCUGCGGUGUCUUCGAAAGGGAAAGGCAAACCUCCGCAAGACGAGCUGGGUACGGAGCCGAAACCUCCGAGUACCUGCGGCGAAAACUGCGGCGUCUUCGAAAGGAAAAGGCAAAGCUCCGCAAGACGAGCUUCAAGUUCCUCGAGGUCUUGUUCUCGGCGACUCACCGACGAGCUGACACGGACCUGGAACGAGCUGAAGAGUUUAAAGGAGAAUAAAAUUUCCCAAGAGCUUUUUUACCUGCCCAUGUCGUGUCUUCGACGACCGCCGAAGGAUGGAACGGGAAACAGGCCACUCGAGAUUCGGGAGCCCGAAGACGACCAUUUUUCCACAAUCAUGGAUUCGAUGAUUACUUGCCCGACUGGGGAUCAUCUUCCCUUCAUUGGUAUCGUGGAUCCGUCGGAGGUGAAAGAUAAGAGGGACGUGGAUGUGGCCCAGUUACGCAAGGGUGGCUACACCAUAUAUGUUCUUGGAGGUGGACAUUGCCGGGAGGCGAGGGAGCGCCUGCAGAAGAUCUACCCUGACAAGGAGGAUUACAAAUGGAAUGUGUGCUAUGUCUAUGCGGGUCUGACUACAGAAGAAGCGAGGCAGGUGGGUCACAAACACAAUUUGGCAGCUGGCUACCACAGAGAUUUGAACUUCAUCGAGAAGAUGAAAUGUUGGCGUAACAUCUUCGAGAGAAUGGGGUCUGUGAAGAACGCUGAGGUGAAGUUGGCCUGCCUGCGGGAGUUCGGCAUACCGUGUUCUACCAAGAAGCUGCAGAAUAAUGACUCAUUGUUGCAGAUCGCGAUGCAUCCCAAAGAGAUCUGGGACCUGCAACUGCGGAUUUUUGAGAUGUGGCAGAAGGGGGAGGUCAAGAACCAGAAACUCAAGCCUCUGGCGAAAAGUCAGAUCCGCACAGACGUCGCUCCAGAGUCCAUCGAGUCGGAAGGUGGCAAGAAAAAGCGCGGGGCGAGAAAGCCGGACAGGGCUGUCGCAAAGCAGCAAGAGAUGACGUUCUUCAAUCCUCGCCUAAAAUUGAAGGACAACAAAGUUGUUUCGGCCCCGGCUGACAUGUCUGCGCAGCCGUGGAUUACGAUGGGCAAUAUCCCGCACGACGCUAUCAUCCCCAUCUUGACGAAAGUUGUGUCCAAGCAGAUCUCCCCGGAAGAGAUGGAGAGGAAGUUCAAGGUCGUGAAGAAGUUUGGCUACGUUGCAAAGGCCUUCUGGGAUGAUGUCAAAUGCAAAGACUUCAAAACCGCAGAGGAGUUGUAUCCUUUGCACACCAAGAAGGAGGUUCUCGAGCCAUUCAUUGGGAGUUUUGAGAGGCGAGGGGCGAAACCCACUGCUUUGCUAAAUCACACUGGACGAGCGAAGGAGUGGAGGAAGAUGGAGGACAAGAGGAUUAAAGAUGCACAAAGAGCGAGUCACGAUUUCUUCCGAGCGCAUUCCCUGGACGACCCUUUCGCGGACUGGACCGACGUGAAGUACGAAGGGUGCUUGGGGCAGGUCAAGGUCAUUCAAGGCGAUAUGUUGCAUUUGGCACAGCUCCAAAAGGACAAGGUGCUGAUUUCCCUUUCCAUCUUCGAUUUGCCCUACGGCUUUGCGCACAAAGGACACGCGCGUGACACGGAGUCGUUCCCGAAGAGUGACAUUGUCGCUGUGCUCCAGAAUGUCAAGGAGGUUUCGAGCGCAUCGCUCUGGACAGUCGCUGCUUUCUGCUCUGUGGACAUGCUAUCCUCAGUGAGGUCCGCAUUUGCGAAGAUCUGCAAUGCUGGUCAACAGCUUGUCACGUGGUGCAAGCCAAACACGACGAAUCCCGGUGGCCCGAGACUUGUCAGCGCGACGGAGUUCUGCAUUCUGGGGUACUACAAUGUGACAGGCCAACGUGAGAUGACGCAUUACAACUUCACUCUCACCGAUCCCCGCCACAACUUCCAACUUUUUGAUGCGGUCACGCGAAAGUUUGUGCACCCGGCUGAUGACAAGGUGCUUUGUCCGUACCAGAAAGCUUAUGCAUUGUAUUCCUUGUUGGUCACACCAGGUGCCACCGUUUUGGACGGCUUUUCGGGCUUAGGUACGGGGGCCAUUGCUUGCGUGAUGGCGAACAGGAACUGUCUUGUCGUGGAGCUGGACAAGCGAUGUGCGAAGGGAAUCCGCAUGAGGCUGCUCACUGACCUCGAAGGGACGUUGCAGAGAGAAAAGCCAAAAGAGGGGAAGGGCAAGUCGAAGGAACAACACCCUGAUGCGGACGUUGAGGUGUCUGGGGAUCACGACCUCGAGGUGGAAGAGCAACAUGCUGAGGAAGCCACGGCGAGGGAGACUUCCGGCCAGGAGAUGACGCAGGAGACGUGGGAGCCCAUGCCGGGAUUGAUUGCAACCGAAGCCAAUCUGCCGGCAGGAUCUGACCAGCGUGAGGAACCGCCCGGGGAACAUGCGUGGAUGGGGCAGUUUGACCCACCGUCCCGCCCGGCUCAGGCAUUGAUCUCUCUUGUGCAUCCGAGGGUCAUGGAAUUCGUCAAGAUCAAUUCUCUCUAUGCUCCUCCCCCCCAUCCCCUGCUGAUUUCUGUCCUGGCUUUCAAUGACUGGGCUGACAUUGUUUGGGCUUCCACGUAUAAUAAAGAGUCAUUUCCACAUAUGUCUAGGGAUUACGUCCUAGGAGCUAAGGAAAUGCUGGAUGAGGAUAUAUUGGUUGACGCUUCGAUCAGGGAUGAGGUGUUGAUGAAAGAAAAGGUUCUCAUAGAUUUGUGGAAUGCAGUGUCGGAAUUUCAUGCGAAUCUACUCCUCCCCUCCCCUCAGGAGCCUUAUGGCUCGGAUCCGAACUCUGAUGAGGAGGAUGGUCUGCCGCUCACUGAAGAGGAGAGGGUUUUUCAUACUACGUUUGUGGCGGAAUCAAGCGCUCAGCUAGCUGUUGGGUUAGCAAAGGAGAAAACAAAGGAUGUCAACAAGUUCCUCCGAAAUGUUUUUCUCCCAAUCGCUCCGCCAAGAUGGAUUGAAUCGGAGGCGAGGGCAAAGGGAGACAAGAUAUGGGAUUUUGAGACCUUGAACCAUUUGGGUCCCAUUAGUGUUAACGCAUAUAGGCUAUUGGCUUCUCUCACCGAGGAAGAAGUAAAUCCCUGCCGUGAGCGAGCGCUCAAUGAGAAUACUGAGGUGAUUAAGGGACCAUAUCCACGAACGGCGGAUGCCAUGAAGCUCCCAACGGUUGGACGGUUUGACCCUCUAAAAUGCACUGUUUCCUCCACGAACCUUGCGAUUAGAGGUUUUUAUCCCCCCAAGAGACAGACUGGGCUGGCGGAGUUGAAGAGGAUACGGAAUGUGGGGAGACCGUAUUUGAAGUGCCGUUGUGUGGAGUUGGGAAAGGGGGAUUGUAAGAUUAAUGUAAUGUGGUUUGAUCACGUGCUUUGGUACAUGCUUGCCAAUCCGGAUCUCAUGGUCCUUAACUCACCUUCUUCGUACAUGCUUCCUAGAACGGAUGUUCAGGAGACUGCAGCAAGGUUCAAGGCCUAUGGGCAGUUGGCAUUGACAGUGAACGCAGAAGGCGUCCAUCAGGGAGCAGGGAGUAGUGCAGUCCGGUUGGUGGCAAGCGAUGCAACAAUGAGAGAUCCGAGAUUGGUCCUUCGCACUCCGGUGAAACAAAGAAGAAUCAACGAGGAUGGGGAAGGUCUGAUCACGCAGGAGGAAGAAGAGGGGGAACUGGACUUCUUCGCAGUUAACUCAGUGGGGCCCUCAGCUCACCAAGUGAAUCCACAGGGACAUCACAAGGCUCUUCCGCUGGCUCAGUUUCCAGCACCAACGCAGCAGACCUCCAGCAGCAGGCUUCCAGCAAACUCUAUCAGGCACCAGCUUGUCUUGCUUCUCUUCAUGCAGUCUCCGCAAGAUACAGCGGAGCGGAGAUAUUUUUUGGAAGAGCUCCCCGCCAUUGUACCCGACGCAGAUAAUGUUGUCCUUGCAGGAGACUUCAACUUGAUUCUGACUCCAGGCCUGGACUCCCCAAAGAUCGCUCCUAGGAAAGCUGACGCUGUCAUGAUGGCAGACUUCAUGACGGAAAGAGGGCUGGUGGACACCUUCAGGACGACACACCCGCUGGAGCCAGGUUUCACCUGGUUCUCAUCUGCAGCCACGGAGGACCGCCCUGCUCCGCAGAGAAGGCUAGAUCUGGUCCUUGCCAAGGGAGCAGCCUGGGAGGCAUUAACAGAUGUUGACUAUCAAUUGGCAAGAGGGCCAGGCACUUUCCGUCUUAACACGGAUCUGCUCAGCAUCCCAGAGAUCACAGAGUGGGUGGCCAGACACUGGACUGAGUGGGCUCAUACGAAGGACUGGUUUACAUCAGAGGGGGAGUGGCUACAGACAGGCUUCCGUAUAGUUACAAGAGCCCUUGAUGUGUUCUCAAGGAUGCAAGCCAGGGGCAGGAGACAACAGGAGGAAGACUGUCGACGAAUGAUAGUUGAGGGAGAAGCGGAGCUCAAUGUGGAACCUCUAGCUGAACUGUAUUGGCAGCACCGAAGAGACAGAGCGCUACUGCAGCUAGAAGUUAUGCAGGUGGAGCAGCAAACAGCAUGGGCAAGGCGUGCGCAAGAGAGAGGAAUGAUCACGGGAGAUCGCAUGACAAGGGAAACCUUUCAGCGAAUCUGCCCCCCGCAAGCACACGCGCUUAUGAGAGAGUUACAUCAUCCGUUCCAUCAGGAAGCAGCUCCAGCAAAAGACUCCGCAACAAUAGGGGAGUACGCCCUAGACUACUUCAGCGAUAUCUUGACGUCGCGUCGGCAGCCGGAUCAGUCGCUGCACCAACUCAGGGAUGAGCAGGACCUCUGGCAAUUUACACAGGUUCAACUCCCACCUGAAGCUCGUCUCCUCCUGGACCGUCCAUUGACACUCGAAGAACUUUGGGAAGCAGUAAAGUGCAUGGCACGUGGGAAAAGUCCCGGAUCAGACGGCCUACCAGUUGAAUUCUACCAAGCGGUGUGGGAUCACGUCGGCCCUCUGCUGCUCACUCUCUACAACCGGAUCUUGGAAGGAGGCAUGCUCACUGAAGACAUGAAGCUGGGAAUCGUUACGCUAAUCUACAAAAAAGGCCAUAAACGCAACAUUCGGAAUUGGAGACCGAUCUCCCGACUAAAUGUAUCCUAUAAGAUCCUCGCAAAGGUGCUUGCAAGAAGACUCGCUCCAUACCUACCGGCGUCAGUGCACGAGGAUCAGGGCGCUUUUGUUCAGGGAAGAUCGAUCAGCGAGAACAUCAUGAUGGCUGUCGGAGCUUUGGAAGUCAUACAGCGCGAGAACAGGCAAGUGAUGGUUGCCAUGCUUGACCUCGAGAAAGCGUACGAUCGGGUCAACUGGUCCUUCGUACUCGCUACUUUAGAACAUAUGGGCUUCGGGCCUUGCUUCAGACGGUGGGUGAAAGAGCUCUAUGCAAAUUCCACCUCCCACUUUCUCGCUAACGCGCUCGCUUCGCCAAGGCUGUCCGUUGGCAUCUCUCCUCUUCGCUUUGCAGAUGGAGAUUCUUCUUAACUCGUUGCGAGCAUCAGCCUGCAUUCAAGGGCUGAACUUGGGCCGAGGGGACACGCUGCUUACGGGAGCAAUAGCAGACGACCUCCUCCUCGUAAUGGAAGCGGUCUCGGACUCCACCUAUGAGGCGAAGAGACUUUUGGAUGCAUGCGCCACCUUAUCCGAAGCCUGUGUGAACUGGGGGAAAUCUGCCUAUUUCCUCCCGGCAGACUAUGAGCUGGAAGGCCUGGACUGGGGUAUGAAACGCAUACCCUCAGAUCUUUCUGAGUGGUAUCUAGGGGUGCAAGUCUCCCUGACAGACCCUCGACCGAAGCAGGACGCCAUAUUACGAGCCAAAACCCAAGC